AUGUACCUGAUCACUGUGUUUGGAAACCUGCUCAUCAUCUUGGCUGUCAGCUCUAACUCCCACCUCCAGACUCCCAUGUACUUCUUCCUCUCCAACCUGUCCUUUGCUGACAUCUGUUUCACCUCCACCACCAUCCCAAAGAUGCUGGUGAACAUCCAGACACAGAGCAAAGCCAUAAUCUAUGAAGGCUGUGUCACCCAGGUGUAUUUUUUCAUGCUUUUCACAACAUUGGAUAUCUUCCUUCUGACCGUGAAGGUCUAUGAAGGCUUUGUGGUCAUCUGCCACCCCCUGUACUACACAGUCAUCAUGAAUCCCCGGCUGUGUGGGCUGCUUGUUCUGGUCUUCUGGAUCAUCAUUGUCUCCUUAUUUUAUUGUACAAGCUUUGGCGCGUACCUUAGCUCAGCUGCUUCCCAAAGCUCAUGCUCAAGUACAAUAACCUCAGUGAUGUACACUGUGGUCACACCCAUGCUGAACCCCUUCAUCUACAGUCUGAGGAACAAAGACAUAAAGGUGGCUCUGACAACAUUCAUUGUAAAGAAAACUAUGAAAAGGCAAUUGUUUUAUGGUGAAAGAAGCACCAUAAUUUUAGACAAUAUAGACUAA